UUUCGAAUUCAUGAAUCCAGAAAAGAAAUUGACUCUAACAAAAAUAACAUUAAAUCGACCUUAACAACAAAAGAUUGGUUUACCACCUAAAAUCAGUUUAAAUAAACAAAUAGAUUCUAGACCACAAAGUUCAAAAAUGGAUAUUCAGCCUGCAAAUAUUAAUUGGCUUGUAGAUAAUAUAUAAUAAGAAAAGUAAAAUUAUUACAUAAAUUAAUCCAAGUAAGUUAGAAUGGGUAUAGAAAUGUUACAUUUUUUUUAAAGAUUGGACUUAAAAUACAGAAUGUAAUGAUUAAAGCAAAGAAUAAAUUUUAAAACAGAGUAUUUAAUUGAUAGACUUUAAUGAUCUAUAGGUUAGGUUAUUUGCCAUCAAAGCAGCAUUAUUUGGAUUCACUACCUUAAAUUUAUUAGAAUUAUUAUUUUAAAAAUAAGCUAAACCACUUUUAAGAAGACCAAAAAGUGGUUCAAAAAUUUAAGAAUAAUUACCAUCUUUACUUUAUUAACCUUAAUAAGUUUUAGCUAUUCUUUAAAAGACUGCUUAAUUAAGUAAUGAGAAUGUAUUCUUAAAUUUAAUCAAUGAUAAUUCUUUAAGUUUUGUUUUAUUUAGAUUUCUAAAACUCUUUACUUAAUUAACUAGAGACUAGUCCACUACCUAAUAAUAAUUGCCUUAUUUGAAUUUAAUUUUUGUUAUCAUUAAAAAUAUAGCUAAUAAUUAAAAAGAAGCAUAAAAAUUAUUAUAGCCUACUUAUAUAUAAUUGAUAGAGAGUUAUUUGCAUUCAUUUCCAUAUGAUUAAACAUAUGAUAAAGAUUUACUCAAUUUAUAUACUACUAUUACUGCUACUUUAAGAAAUUUAGCUAAUGAAAAUAACAGUGUGGAUAUGUAUCUUUAGAAUGGAAUUAUUAAAAAAUUAGUUAUCAGCAUGGUUAAUUAUAGUAAGAAUUAUGAAUUAAUUUUAAAUACUUUAAGAAUUAUGUCAAAGAUGUCAUUAAGUAAAGAAUGUUGUGAAUUCUUUUUAUAAAAUACUGAAGCAAUGCAAAAUAUUUCAAGUUUCUUUAAAACAUAUUAAACAAAUAUUUAUAUAAUUAUUAGAGCUUCCUUUUUAUUAGCCAAUAUGACUACAUAUUUUGAAGGAAUUAGAUAAUUAAUUUACUAUAAAUUUAAUUAAUUUGGUGACAUUCUCUAAUGCUUCGAUUAUUUUUGGACAAAAGAAAUUAAUCCUUAACAAUUAAAUUAAAUUGAUUAAUUUUCUUAAAGCAGAGCAGCAUGGGAUUUCUAAAUAUUACAAUCGGAGUAAUAUUUAAUAAUUUAUUUCAUAGGAAGGAUAUUGAUGCUUUAAUCAGAAUUAUAAGAUUAAUUGCAAAUAUAUUAACUAUAGAAUAAAUAGGAUUAGAUAUUUUAAAAAAUUAUUCAAAUGAAUACAGAAUAUUGAUAUCAAAAUUAUUAAAAUUAUUAUAAAAGAAUACAUAAAUUACAAAAUAAUAAGUAAGUUUUAAUUUUUAAAUUAGGAAAUCAUAUCUUGUACUUUAAGUUGUUUAUCUAAUUUAACCUUUUAUGAGAAAUAAACAUUCUUAAAUGAUUUUGAAUACAAAAAUGUUAAAUAUGAAUUAAUAUCAACUCUUGGACAUUUUAUUAUUUAAAAUGAAGAUUAAGAAGUUUGCUGUGAUGGAUUACGAGUUUUAUCAAAUUUAUCAAGGUAGAAGGAUUUAAUUAAAUAAAUAAUGAAAUCGAGAAUAUCAGAAGGUGUUAUAGUAUUAUUAGAUUCUAAUUCAAGAGAGGUCGUUUACUAUUGUUUAGGUGUUAUUUUAAAUCUUUUAUAAGAUUCAGAAUUUAAGUAAUAUUUUAUCUAUCAUUAGAAAAAAGGAAAAUAUAAAUUUAAUUGAUUAUAUCACUUAAGUUUUGAAUGAUUGUACUACAAAUGAAAAUGAUAUAGCCAAUCUUGGUUUAAAAUGUUUAAUUUUAUUAUUGGACUCCAAUUUAAAUUAGGAAUAUGCAACUAAAAUUGAAAAAGCAGUCUCUAAUUUUGGUAACAUUUGUGAUCAGGUUUUGAAAGUAAAAGAAAAUAAUGAACUUUCUAAUACAAGACAAUUAAUCAAUUAAAUUAUUAACAAUAUACCAGAAGAAGGUUAUCCAUGUAUGUAACCCAAUUGUGGAAGAAAAUUUAAGACUUAAUUGGAAUUAUCAAUCCAUGUUAAAAGAAGGCAUAUUUUAUGA